ACUGUCAAUUUAAGCUAGCGGUGGCUCACAUGUUUAAUUAUUGUGUACCUAUUUUUUAUACAAUACAAUCAAUACAAUUAUUUAAUUUUAUCAACAUUUAUUGUUGAUUUGUUAAGAUUUUGAUACAUAAUGAAGGAAAAAAAGACGGUACGAUACUUUGAUAUUGAUAAUAAUAAAGAAGAAGAAAACAACGAUCAAAAUGUAAAAGUCUUUAAAAUUAAGCCCACUUCGAGAAUUCUUAAAGAUCAAAAAUAUAAGGAAAAAUACAAUGUGAAAAAAGAAAAGAAAGAAACAAAACAAGUACAAAAGUUUCCUGGUAAGGCGCCAAUAAACCCUGAAAAAUUAGAACAGCAUUCAAGAGGUGAAGGUCUUGGAAAAGGUGUUAGACACCCACUGUAUGCAGUGAAGUUAAAGAAAAGAGAAAAUAAGUUUAAGUAUGCAGAAGAGCAGGCUGCUAGAGCUGAUAUUCUGUUGACUGAAGACCAAGGUUUUCUAGAAGUAGACGAAGACCACCGUACAACUGGUAUCACACAAAAAGUGAUUGCUGACAAUGUAGACAUUACAGCGGCAACCAAGAUAUUUGAAUUAAACCUCGCCUUUGGGCCAUAUCAAGCUAAAUAUUCCCGCAAUGGCAGACAUCUCCUAUUGGGCAGUAAGAAGGGUCAUCUAGCAGCAUUUGAUUGGGUGACAAAGAAGUUACAUUUUGAAAUCAAUGUUAUGGAAUCCAUACAUGAUAUAAGUUGGUUACAUAUAGAAACUAUGAUCGCUGCUGCCCAAAAGGAAUGGUUAUAUAUUUAUGACAAUACUGGAAUAGAAUUACAUUGCAUAAAAAGGAUGGAUAAGAUAUUAAGGAUGGAAUUUUUGCCAUACCACUUCUUGUUAGCUGCUGUUAAUGAAUUUGGUUUUAUGUCGUGGUUGGAUAUAUCUAUAGGAGAAAUAGUUGGACAUUACAACAACAAUAUGGGUCGAACGCCUGUCAUGACACAGAAUCCGUACAAUGCUACUAUAUGCUUGGGAAACUCCAAGGGAGUAGUGUCUCUAUGGUCACCGACCAUUAGGAAACCUUUGGCAAAGAUAUUAUGCCACAAAACACCAUUGACCGCAAUAGCUGUAGAUAACCGUGGCAUGUAUAUGGCAACAUCGGGAGUCGACAGAAGCUUAAAAAUAUGGGACAUCAGAAAUCUGGAUGGACCGAUACAACAUUAUAAACUUCGUAGUCAUUGUGCUCCUACAGAUUUAGAGUUCUCACAGAAAGAUAUGUUGGCAGUUGCCCUUGGGGACACUGUGGAGAUUUACAGCAAUUGUUGCACACAGACAGCAGAUAGGCCAUAUAUGAGGCAUAGAAUGGGAAAAUCCGUUAACAAUUUCAAAUUCUGUCCAUAUGAAGAUGUUUUAGGAGUAGGUACUAGCAACGGGUUCACAAGUAUCAUAGUACCAGGAUCUGGUGAACCGAACUUCGACGCUCUCGAGAGCAAUCCAUUCCAAACGAAGAAACAAAGGAAGGAAGCUGAGGUUAAGGCUCUUCUGGAGAAGAUUCCUCCAGAACUUAUAACACUUAAUCCAUUUGACGUUAUGGAAGUUGAUGUGCCUUCUAUGAAAGAUAAAAUUGAGGCGAAAAACAAUCUUUUGCAUCUGAAACCUAAAAAGGUAGAUUUAACGCCGAGGCGCAAAAAGAAGGGAAAAACGGACGUUGCGAGAAAGAAAAUAAUUAAGGAACAUGUACGAAAGGAAUUUAUAAAUCAAGUAAUAGAAGCCAAGAAGAUAGUUGCUGAGCCAGAGGAACACAAUGUACCAAAACAAUCAUUUGGUGUUCUAGAUAGAUUUGUACCCAAACCUAAAGCUAAGAAAUAAAUACACCAUUUUUUACAAAA